AUGGCGGAGGAGCCCAAGCGCAAGGACACCCGGACGCACCUGACGCUGCAGCAGAAGGCCCAGCUGCGCGCCUUCCUGGCGGCCAACCCCAAGCUGCCGCGCUUCGCCGUGGCCGACUGGGUGCGCGAGCACUUCCACGUGCGGCUGGGGCGCACCACGCUCUACCGCAUCCAGCACACGCCCGAGGCGGCGUUCGCGACGGGCAACCUCAGCCGCAAGAAGCUGCGGCGCGUCAAGUUCCCGGACUUCGAGCGCCGCCUGCUCGCCUUCUACGAGGACAGGCGCCAGCGCCGGGAGGACGUGUCCGACGACGAGCUGCUGCGCCAGGCGGCCGAGUGCCGCGCCGCGUGCGGCAUCAGCGACACGGAGCUCAAGCUCUCGAACGGCUGGCUCUACCAGGACGUGACGCUGUCGGCGCGAGCGCUGACGACGGUGCAAGCCCCCGGGUUCUUCAACUGGGAGCCCGUGGGGGACGUUCCGCAGGACGAGGUCUAUUGCGGCGACCGCGUGGCGGGGCAGUGCGAUACGCCGACACAAGUAGAGAGCGACGUGGCUAGUAGUAUCUGGGUGGGGGCUAAUUUGCUGGCAGGGGCUCAGGAGAUGCUGAAGGUGGAGUUCCUCGCUCAAGGCUACGCCUUCUCCGAUAGCAGCCUCGUGCUGCGGCGCAGGAUACAGUGA